AUGGAGCUGCUGUGCCUGGAGGCCGCCCCCCGGCUCCUCCGCGCCGGGCGCGACCCGCAGCUCCUGGGGGACCGGCGGGGGCUGCAGAACCUGCUGAGCCAGGAGGAGCGGUACAGCCCUCGCGUCUGCUACUUCCACCGCGUGCAGCGGGAGAUCAAGCCCUACAUGCGGAAGGUGCUGGCCUUCUGGAUGCUGGAGGUGUGCGAGGAGCAGAAGUGCGAAGAAGAGGUCUUCCCCUUGGCCAUGAAUUACGUGGAUCGUUACCUGUCCUCAGUCCCGGUGCAGAAGAACGACCUGCAGCUUCUGGGGGCGGUCUGCAUGCUCCUGGCUUCCAAGCUGCGAGACACCGUGCCCCUGACCGUGGAGAAACUCUGCAUUUACACGGAGAACUCCAUCACGCCUCAGCAGCUCCUGGAUUGGGAACUUCGAGUCCUGGGGACGCUGAAGUGGGACCUGGUCUCAGUGAUAGCAAAUGAUUUCUUGGCUCCCAUCCUCCAUCACCUCCCGCUGCCCCAGGACAAGGUGGAGCUGGUGAAGAAACACGCACAGACCUUUAUCGCCCUGUGUGCCACAGACUACACUUUUGCCAUGUAUCGCCCCUCCGUGAUCGCGACGGGCAGCCUUGGGGCGGCGAUCCACAGCCUGGCAGUCUCUGUGAACAAUUUCACCGGCGAGGCCGUCACCGGGCUGCUGGCCAGCAUCACUGGCACGGAGGUGGACCGCCUGAAGGCCUGUCAGGAGCAGAUGGAGGCAGCUUUAGCCCAGAGCCUGAAACAGGCGUCCCAAGGCCGACAGGAGCACAGCACCGCCAAGACUGCUGCUCACCCGGCCGGCCAGCCCACCGGCACCCCCACGGACGUCACGGACAUCGACCUGUGA